AUGGGACGAUGGUAUGACGAUAUGAUGGUAUGGUGCGAUGCUGUUGCUCUGCCAUGCAUCAGGGACAUGUACGGGUUCGCGGUGCAGCCACAGUACGUGGACGUCUACAAGGCCUACGUUCCCGUCUACCAUGACGAGGAGACAGAGCGGUCGGAGCGGUGGGACUCGUUCCUGGGCGCGCGCGACCUGCCCUUCCUUCCGCCCUCCCCUGCGCCGACGCCUGCGCCUGCAGCAGAAGCGCCCUCUGGCGAAGGCGCGGAAGAGGGGGGCGGAGAGGGGAGGUUCCGCGCAGUGUUUAGGGAGGAGCUGUGGGCCGUUGAGCGCGUUCUGAGGGGUGCUGCUGAUGCACGCGCGGGGAACGCAGGGAGUUCGGGGGACGGGGGGAGGAGUGAAAGGGAUUCUGGAGGAGAGAGGAGAGGAAAGCGAAUAGGAGAGGGCAGCGGGGAGGGGAGCGGAGCAGGUAGUGGAGAGACGGGAGGAGAGGAGCUAGGAGGAGGAGGGGGAGAGGGAGAAGGAGGAGGAGGGGGAGGAGGCAAGGGAGGGGAAAGCGGAGCAGGCAAGGGAGUGGGUGGGAGUGUGGCGACAGAGGAGGCAUGGAGAGCGGAGCUGACGUCCCUAGUGAUGGGGGGCAUUCCCAUGAACAUGCGGGGCGAGGUGUGGCAGAUCUUUGUGGGGAGUGCAGGGAGGAGGCAGGCGGGCGUGUAUGAGGCGCUGCUGAGGGAUGCGGGCAGGGAGGAGGAGCACGGGCCCAACAGCAGCCUGGCGGAGAUCACUGCGCGGAUCCAUGAGAGGGACGCUGAGGUUGCAUGCACCGUGCAGAUUGAAAAGGUGUGCUGUGCGGUUCGAGUAGGACCUGCCUCGCACGUUCCCCGGGCACCCUGCGCUGGACACCAAGGGGACCUGCCGCGCACCUUCCCCGGGCACCCUGCGCUGGACGCCAAGGGGCGGGACGCGCUGAGGCGGCUGCUGGUGGCGUAUUCGCGGCGCAACCGCGCUCUGGGGUACUGCCAGGGCAUGAACUUCCUCGCCGGGCUGCUGCUGCUGCUCAUGCCUGAAGAGAACGCUUUCUGGACGCUGACGGCGAUAGUGGACGAGUUGUUUCGAGGGUACUACUCCGAUGAGAUGGUUGAAGCUCAGGUGGACCAGCUGGUCUUUGAGGACCUUGUUCGCCAAAACUUCCCCAGACUCGCGGAGCACAUGGAUACAAUGGGAGUGCAGAUCUCAUGGAUCACAGGGCCAUGGUUCCUCUCUGUCUUUGUCAACGUGCUGCCCUGGGAGAGUGUGCUGCGGGUGUGGGACGUCAUCCUCUACGAGCGCAAUCGCAGCAUGCUCUUCCGCACAUGCCUCGCUCUCCUCGACAUGCACUCCACGCUGCUGCUUUCGAUGCAGGAGACGGGGGACAUGAUGUCAGCCCUACAGUCCAUGGCAGCAUCCACCUUCGACAGCACGCAGCUCGUGCUGUCUGCGUGUGUGGGCUACAUGGACGUCAACGAAGCCAUGCUCGAGGACCUGCGCACGAAGCACCGGCCAACCAUAAUGCACCGCGUGGACGAGCGCAGGGAGGUGCUCAAGCGCUGCCGCAACACACGCACCGCCAAGAUCCACGCGGAGGCCCUGGCCGUUCUGCAGAGGCUCGCACCGCACAGCACCGCGCUCGGCUCCCCUCUCGGCCCGUCCUCCUCCCACGCCUCCCCGCUGUCUAUCCCUUCAUCGUUUGACGACUCAGAGCUCACUGGUCCGCCUCGCCCACAUGGUCAUGCUCAUGGGUCGGUUUCAGCAUCAGCGUCAAAAGCUGCAGUGAGGCGAGCCGGAGGAGGAGCAGGGAGAGGGGUGGGUGAGUCUGUGGGAGGUGGGACGGCAGCGGCUGUUGCUGCAGCAGCACUGGCGUCGAUGUCAGAAGGGAGAGAGACGGAUGGAAGAAACGCGUCUGUGUCUUCCACUGCUGCUGCUGCAGCUGCUGCUGCAGCUGCUGCUGCAGCUGCUGCUGCUGCAGCUGCUGCUGCUGCUUCUGCUACUGCUGGUACCUCUGAAACGGCUGCCAGCAGUUACCAGCAGCGGAUGAAGCGGUCUCCUGAGCUGCUGCUGCGAAGCGGGUCCUUUGCCCCUGGCAGCAGCAGCAGCAGCCGCAUGAACCCGGUUCCAUCCCUUGCGCUGGAUGCGAGAGAUGAGAGCUCGAAUGCUGCCGCCACCGCCCCUGCAGAUUCUGCUGAAGCUCCCACCACCACUGCUGCUAGUGUCGCUGCUGCUGUCAGUGCUGUGAGUGCAAGCAGCUCUGCCACCACACGCAGCAAGAGCAAGAGCAAGAGUAAGAGUAAGGGGUCGUCCCAGAUAGAGUCAGAUCUCUCCCCCACCUUCUCGCCCCCCUCCUCCCCCUCCUCCCCCCCUUCAUCCGACUUCUCCCCCCCGUCCCCCGGUUCUCCCUCAGUUGCUUUGGAGGGGGAUGGGUUGUUUCAGGACGGUGAGGGUACAGGGAAGGAGAAAGGGAGGAGGGAUGAGAGGAGUGGUGGGAAGGACAAGGGAGAGAAGGAGCGGGAGGGCAAGAGGGAGAAGGUGCGGGAGAAGAGGCGAGAGGGGGAGGGGAGCAGGAAGGAGAAGGGGAGAGCGAAGGAGGAAAUGGGUGGUGAUUUGAAGGGAGGUCGCGGUGCUGGCGGUUUGGCGUCAGACUCGUUACAGUCACAUUUCCGACAGUCACAUUCACUUUCUGGGCAUCAGCCCAGUGCAGGGAGGGGCGCGGAUAAUAGCAGUAACGGGGCGAGCAGUAAGGGGGAUGUCAGGGAGUGGAGAGCAGCGGGAGGGAGAGGCAGGGGCAUUCGGACACACAGUUUAAACGAAAGACGUAGCCCUGGGCUGGGAAUUGGCGUGGGCAUGGGUGUGGGUGGUGGGGGGGAGGGGUACCCCCCUCCGCACCACCAUACGGACAGGGCAGGCCAUGCUGCUCCAAUUCGGGAGUCCAGAAGUGUUGCUGCUUCUCACAGUGGCUCUGGUGCUGGCGCGGGUGCUGGUGGCAAUGCUGGUGUUGGUGGUGGUGGCAGCGGUGGUGGAGACGCAAGGGUGCAUGGGAGGAUAGGCAGGACGAGCAGUGCGGAUGUGUGGAGAGUGGCAGAGAGGGGUGCUGGUGGUGGUGGGAGAGGAGGAGGGGGUGGAGAGGAGCAGGAGGAACGGAGGGAUGGGGAGGGGUUGGGAGGGGUGGAGGGGGGGAAGGGGGGUGCGGAGAGCAGAGGAGGGCGGCAUGUGCGGGUUGAAGUGGCGACGGAGUUGCAAGCACAGGUAGCGUGGCUGAAGGAGCAGCUGGUGUUUGCACUGGAGGCAAGAGAUGAAGCCGUCCUCAUGUGCUCCUCACAUGUGCUCCAACACUCUUCUAAUCCGUGGCUGAAGGAGCAGCUGGUGUUUGCACUGGAGGCAAGAGAUGAAGCCAUCCUCAGGUGCUCCUCAUUGGUGGCGUGGCUGAAGGAGCAGCUGGUGUUUGCAUUGGAGGCGAGAGAUGAAGCCAUUCUCAGAGCCGAGGCACUACAGGCAGCCAUGGUGGAGAUGGGGCAGUCCACCACCAACCAGGCCCUCUCUGCUAAGAUUGAUCAGCUGGAGAAUGCACUGAUUGUCGCCAGAAGGCAAAUUGACACACACAGGAGGGAGAUAGCGCAGCAGCAGCGGGCCAUGGAGGCACAGCAGGAGGCGUCCACUCGCUUGCUGCUGGAACAAAAAGAGGAAGCAGCACGGGCACUUGGGGAGGCGGUGAGGAGCAAGGAUGCGGAGAUGGAGAGGGAGAUUGAUGAGCUGGAGAAUGCACUGAUUGUCGCCCGUAAGCAGAUAGAGGCGCACAGGAGGGAGAUCGCGCAGCAGCAGCGGGCAAUGGAGGCACAGCAGGAGACGUCCACGCGCUUGCUGCUGGAGCAGCAGGAGGAGGCGGCACGGGCACUGGGGGAGGCGGUGAGGAGCAAGGACGCGGAGAUGGAGAGUGAGAUUGACGAGCUGGAGAAUGCACUGAUUGUGGCUCGGAAACAGAUAGAGGCGCACAGGAGGGAGAUCGCGCAGCAGCAAAGGGCAAUGGAGGCCCAACAGGAGGCGUCUACACGUUUGCUUCUGGAACAACAAGAGGAAGCAGCGCGAGCACUGAUGGAGGCAGUGAGGGUGAAGGAUGCGGAGAUGGAGAGGGAGGUGGGGGCGCUGCUGGGCGCGCUGAGGGGCAAGGAGGAGCGCAUGCGGGGCGAGAUUGAGGAGUUGCAGGACAAGGUGGAGGAGAGAGACGCGGAGAUUGGGCGGCUUGCCAGGGACAAGGUGGAGGAGAGGGAUGCGGAGAUUGGGCGGCUUGCUAGGGUGCGUGGGUGGGCGGUGGUUUGUAAGUCUAUGAGCAAGGAGGUUGUUGCAGGCAAGGAGGAGCGCAUGCGGGGCGAGAUUGAGGAGUUGCAGGACAAGGUGGAGGAGAGAGAUGCGGAAAUAGGGCGGCUUGCUAGGAGGUUGGAGCGGGCAGCCAAGGAUAUGGAGGACAUUAUAGCGGCCAACGCGCAGCAGGUGGAGACUCAGAAGAACGUCAUUGAGAUGCUCGCGGACAGCAGUCGAGACGCGGGGCAGAAGCUGGCUGGCAGCCAUGGAGGAGAGGGCGCUUGCAGCAUUGCUCAGGCAAAUCGGAGUCGGGACGCGAGGCAGAAGCUGGCAGCCAUGGAAGAGAGGGCGGUGGCGGCAGAGAGGCAGAAGCUGGCAGGCAUGGAGGAGAGGGCGGUGGCAGCAGAGAGAAUGGUGGAAACCUUCAUGGAAGCUUCCUCCCUGGAGGAGGUCCAAUCGAUGGUGGAUGACAUGCCAGCUGUCUCUCCCGGAUCUCUUGACACGUCACCUUCUGUCUUCGCUGACGUCAGCAUGAGAAGCUGCCAGACCAGCGUGACUAGCAGCAGUGUUGCCACGUCAGACGCUGAGCUGGAGAGAAUGACAGCGGCGGCACUUGCGAUUGGGAGCGGUAACAGAGAGCCCGAUCCACCUGAUGGCGCGAGAAACGGCCUCUCUGUGCUGGGCGUUUCACCACGCCUUAGCGAGAACUACGCCGUGCCCAUCGCUCAGCCGCCGCCUCGUGAGCCGUCACCUGAAUGUGUGGUAGGAACGGUUUAUCCGUUCGAGCCGCCAGACUCACCCACGGCGUGGGAGCCACAUCCUGACAUAUAUUUGGUUCCCGGAGGAGGCGAGGGCUCGUCAAAGCCGCCAACUGCUUCGCCUUCGACGGUCAGCACCGCGCCCGUCAAGCGACCGCGUGUGGGAGUUACGUACAAGCAGCAGACGCUGUGGGGCGCCCCUCCUCCGAAAAACGCUACUUCACACAAGCGCCCUGCUCCUUCGGCCGACCCGACGCCACCCACCGCUCUGGCGGAUGCUGAGUAUGAGUCGGUGAAGAAGACGUUUGAGGGUCAGUGGGCAGGUAGCUUCAAGUGGUUACGUUUGCUCCGCAUGUCUAACGGCUGUCCGUCUUUGAAGUGUGCGAUUUGUGUAAAGCAUGGAGAUCCACUGGCGCACACCGCGUACGGGGCGAAGGGCGAAGGUGCUCGGGACCUCCAGAUCGGCAGCAUCCGCGCUCACACCUCCUCCCGUGCACACAAGGAGUCGUUGGAGAAUCAGGAGAAGGCGGAAGCGGAGAAGGCGAAGCAGGCCUCAAUCACACGAUGGCAGGCUACAGACGCUUCCACACGGCACAUCAUUCGGCUCCUCCACAUCGCGCACUUUGUCUGUAAGGCCGAUGCACCCAUAGCGAUGUUCGUCCCGCUGUGUUGGUUUCUGGCGAAGGAGGGGUUACCAGACCUGCCUCCCGCUGGCGGCUACGGCGCGUACUACACAGAGGAGGCACUCGCUGCCAGUGAUGCUGCAGAAGAGAUACCUGACCUGCUAAUGAUCGACGACGUCGUGCGCGCCUUCGCUGACCACAUCGGCCGCAGCAGCGUAGACUACGCGAAGUUUCAAGAGAUGCAGCGGAUUUUCUGCCAGACGAAUCUCGAGGCGCAGGGGAUUAGCGACACACGAUGGCUCGCCCGCGGUGAAGCGGUACAGCGCCUGCUAGACGUGCUCCCUGCGGCCAUUGUGGUGAUGAAGGAUUACAAGGCGGAUCUGUAUGAGGUGGUGACCUCGUUCAAGUUCCACUGGCUCAUCCGCUUUCUUGCGAAUGUGCUUUGGGAACUGAACAGCCUUAACCUGCGAUUCCAGCAGCGCCAGGUGGACGUCACCCUUGUUGCGCACAUCGUGCAGCAGACAAGGAUGCGUUUGAAGACGCGGUAUUCCCUCCGCGACCCUGCACACCAUUUCGGCAGCGGCGAGAAAAUGCAGCUUCCCGAGUUCAUUCAGAGGCACGGGGCAAAGGAAAAGCGCGAAAUGAAGGCGGAAGGCGUAGACGGGGAAGGGAAUCCCGUCACGUUUGAGUUCACGCUGCACGAGCGCCCGCUGCCUGGACACGAGACGGAAGGCGAUGUCACGGCGUGCGUCGAGCUGUCGAUCAAGUACGUGCGCGCCAUUGACAAGGAGCUGGAGUGGCGGAUGCGCGACCUGGAGCUCCUGGAAGGCUCGAAGCUGUUUCGCACAGCCUCGUACGCGUCCGACGACACGAAGCGACUGGAAACCUUCAAGAAGUGGCUCGGCCAACUGCACAAGUUAUACCACCACAAGCUGCCUAGUAAGCCUUCUGUAGCGCUUGCACAUGUUAUGAUGUUUGUUGUCACUUUCAUGCCUGACAUGAGGACCUCUCUCGUCACUCUCACUCUACGUCUGCGCGCCACCACCGCCGCCGCCCCGGCAAUCGCUGCCAUGGGCUUCUCAAUCUGCGCCCGUCGCGUCGCUCUCUGCUGCCUCUUUCUCGUCGUCGCCGCGCCGUGUCUGCUGACGUCAGCGCAGUUCCCCAUCCCCUCGCAGUACGACGGCUUGAUCUACGGUGCUGACGUCAGCGAGCGGCAGCCGGUGCUUCUGGAGGCGUUCCUGGAUCUGACGUGUCCGUCCUGCCAGAGCGCGUGGCCCGUGUUGCGCCACGUGGCGAAGUUCUACGGGACGAAGCAGCUCCGAUUCGUCGUUCAUCUUUUCUCCAACGCUUUCCACCACAACUCCUACUUCGCCUCGCAGGCCACCAAUGCCGUCGCAGCCAUCAACGGCUCGCUCGCGUUCGAUUGGAUCGACGCCGUCUUCGACGAGCAGGACGACCUGUCGCUGAGCGCCACGUGGCAGAAGACGCCCGAGCAGGUCGCGGCGCAGCUGGCGCGGCUCGCGUCGGAGCGCCUCGGGAUUGACGAGGAGAGAUUCAAGGGGGCGUUUUUGGACGCGGAGGUUGAAUGGCGCACUCGACUCGCGUUCAAGUACGGGUGCUCGAGGGCAGUGGUGGGAACGCCAACUUACCUGGUGAACGGAGUGGCGGUGCCAAUGGCUGCAGCUGAGUGGACCAUCUACGACUGGCGCGCCCUCCUUGACCCCCUCGUGGCCCCAUCCGUCCUGGAUUCGCACUCUCGCUCCCCUCGGAAGCUGGCGCUCCAGUGA